AAUUGAUUAAUUUCAGAGUGAUCAAUAUAUCAAUUAACUCUUCCUUCCAAUGUACUCCUCAACCUCGUAUUCUUCCAUUGCUAUUUAUGUUAUUACCUUCAUUUUCCUUUUCAUGCCCAAAGGCAGUUUAGGGACUACAUUUACGCUACUAAACAGGUGCGACUACACAGUAUGGCCCGGAAUACUACCCAAUCACGGCAGCCCUGGUUUGGACACCACCGGCUUCGAACUCCCGCCACGCGCCGCCAGGUCCUUACAAGCUCCACCAGGAUGGUCCGGCCGACUGUGGGCGAGAACCGGCUGCUCGUUCGACCCCACCACCGGUGCUGGUCGCUGCGCCACCGCUGAUUGCGGCUCCAACAGAGUCGAGUGCGGCAGCAAUGGCGCGGUCCCGCCGGCCACCCUAGCCGAAUUCACAGUCGGCUCCGGCAGCGCCGCCCUUGAUUUCUACGAUGUUAGCUUGGUAGACGGCUACAAUUUGCCCAUGGUUGUACAGCCCGUCGGCGGCUCGGGCAACUGCAGCCUGACCGGAUGCGCGGCCGAUCUGAACCGGAUCUGCCCGAACGAGCUGCGGUCGGAGGACGGACAAGGUUGCAGGAGCGCGUGCGAGGCGUUCGGCAAACCAGAGUACUGCUGCCGUGGCGCGUACGGCUCACCCGACACCUGCCGGCCGUCGGCGUACUCGGCGGUGUUCAAGAGUGCAUGUCCGAGAUCGUACAGCUACGCAUACGAUGAUGGUACGAGUACUUUUACUUGUGGUGCAGCGGAUUACACAAUUACAUUUUGCCCUUUACUCACAAGCCGGAAAUCCUCAUCUCCGGCAACGGAGGGUGGUUCGGGUUCUGCGCCACCGCAAGAUGACCUCCCUUCCUGGAUGCCGAGUUUUGGGCUAGGAGGAUCAUCGUCGAGUUUCGUGUUCGACUACGCUAAUUAUUUUAUUAUUUGUGCAUCAACUAUUUUUCUAUUACUCUAGUUUCUUCAAUUAUAUUAGAGAGAUUAGAUUCAUAAAUCAUAACCCAAAAUUAAUUGCCGUAAUCACAUGCUACAGAAUGUCUGCUGUACUUAGUAAGGACCAUUGAUAUGGAAGUUUAUAAUGUGAAGCACAUUU